AUAUUUCAAAAACACACAAUUACAAAGCUUGUACACAUUUCAGUCGCUCCGUACCGUGGGCCUGUUUGAUAAAACCAUGAAUCGUCGAUAGACCCUGGAGGAUAACUGUGACUGCUCAACCCCGUGCCGUGGAAAUAUUCAAAGCUUUCACUGUUUGACUUUCAAAAGUUUCACUGGGACACACACGAACAGCCAAUGACGUGCGUGGUGCACAGCCGGUGGUGCACGUGCUGCAGCUACCGGGCGCAAGUGUGGCCCAGGUACCCGCUGUGUACUGUAUGUACUGACACACGUACACAUAUACAUGUAGACCUGGACAUUACCGUAGUCCUCGUAAGCGCAGCACGAGGAAGGAAAACGGAGGACCACGGAAGUGAGACGUCGACAAAAAUGAGCACUUUCAGACCUGAACUACAGUGUCGCAGUUAGUAGAUGCAUUUACAUGCAGGGCCCGCCCUUGAGCUUUUGACGUUGGACAGCGAUGAACUGAUACGAUAAUGUCCUACUGAAUUAGUGUGCUGGUGCGGGCGCGGUGUGGAUUCGCAGUUCGUUGCUGUGGUUUGGCUGACACUGUCCUGACAGCUGAAUUCGCGCGGGCCUAGAUGUACAAUGUAAUGUGGCCCCUGUCACAUAUGACGAAUAUCGCAAACUUGUGAUUCUACCUCCAUGCUUGAACACGGUGAUGUACUGGCACGGUACGUACAGGUAGGCCCUACUUCGAGUUCCAGGCGCAUACAACCAUACUACCAGUGAAGAGGGCAAGUUUUACAAGGUUGUAUCCCGUUCUCGGCAGUUCAUGACACACCACAGAGAAAUGCUUUGUAGUUUUUGAGUGAGACCUUCAACCCUGUCAAGAUGGAUCAAGAUGCAGAGCCCAUGAUAUCGGCCAAUGAUAGCGUAGACAUGCUGGAUGUCGACGAUAACUACAUUGCCAACUAUGGGACAUUUGGGAUUGAUGAGAACGAAGGUGAUGACUACUCACGGGAUGACAGUGGCAAAGCGCACGAAGGGGAAGACACAGAUGACGAAACCCAGAAGCUUGUCGUCACUGGCAAGAGGGGUAGGAAGCGAGGGGAUUCGGGAGCAUCCUUGAAGAGGGGGAUGGUUAUAGAUGCAAACAGCCAGAGGGAUGAAGAGAAUGUUAUCACUAAUGGGGCCAACAUGGAGGCAGAGCUGGAGGACAAUCAGCACAUUGAGGCGAAGACAGAUGAAGAUGAAAAUGCUGGUAAGAGAGACAAAAUAGUGGAGGUGAUGGGAGGUGCACUGACAGGAGAUGUGGAUGAUGGGGAGAUUGAACUUAAGGUAGUUGAAGAUGAUGGGGAGGCAACUGGUGAGGAUGGAGAUAAGAGGCAGGAAGAGAAGGAGGAAAGACAUGAUUAUGCAGAGGACAGUGAUGAUGUGAGGACAUGUGAGCCCGAAAAUGUUACCAUGGAAACGGUCAUCAGUGACGAGGACCGGGAGACGGAUCCCUCCACAAUGUCUGCUGUGAGCGAGGAGCAGGAGGACCAGACGGACGCAGCCCCCAAGCGGUCAUCCCAGACCCUAGCCAUCUCCAUUAGCAUGGUCAAGAUGAUGAAGGCAACCGAACCAUCCUCGGAAGGUGUGCAAAAGCCAAUCCCUCCCGAGCAGAUCGUGCUGCAGCAACUGAAGAAAGAGAAGGACUCCUCCAGUUGCUACGAUGACGGGGCAUGCAAAGACACAGAAAUGGAGCGGGUGCGUGCCUACUCCAAGAACCAGGGCCACCAGUCCAUCAGCAGGCCCAAGGACUUCCAUCGUUCAGGCUCUCUCUUCAGUGAUCCCUCAGGGCGGGAAAGCCAAGCAUUGGAGUGGGAAUGGAUCGAGGAGCCUGACCUGCAAGACGACACCGACUCACCAGACAUUCACAUGCGGUCCUUCGCCAGCGUCCACUCAGAGCCAAAGGGGUUCCGAGAGGUAGGGCGGGGUGUCUUCCUACCCCACCAGAAGUUGGAAGUCACCGUGGUGGACUGCGGACGGUCUUCGUCUUCCCAAUUCAUCAACCCUAACCUGUACUUCAUCGAGGUGAAACAUGGCACUUGCAUCUGGACAAUACAGCGUCGGAGCAACGACUUUUUGAAGCUCCACGAAGAGAUGUUACUGUACAAAGCUCGUCUUGCCAUACCCAUAGGCGACCGCGGCCAUCUUCAGAGGAGGCGAACAUUCAAGGCCAACCGUGAUCGGGACUUGGCACAUUUUCCCAGGACACCCGAUGCAUUCGUACGAGCCCAGCAGCUGCCUAAGAGAAUGCAUCAAUACGAAGUGUACUUGAAGAGUUUAGUGAGAAAUCCUCUGUAUCGGAACCACCCCCAAACGUUGGAGUUUCUGGAAGUUAGCCACCUUUCCUUUGUGGAUGAGCUGGGACCAAAAGGAAAGGAAGGUUGGAUUCAGAAGAGGUCAGGAGGUCACCGAGUGCCCAUCACUAGAUGCUGCCCUUGCCUGGUGUGCACAGACUGUACAUCAGUUGCAGCCCAUUACAGUAAAAGGUGGUUGGUAACCAAGGACUCCUUUGUUGCUUACGUCAGACCCAGCGAUGGUCACAUCCGGGCGGUCAUGCUGGCCGAUGCAGACUUUGAUGCCAAGUGGGGUAUCGAAGAGACCAAUCUCAACACGGGCCUCAUUAUCUCCAACCAGUACAGGAAGCUGUUGGUGAAGUGCGACUCAGUGCAGAUGGCUCGGCAUUGGAUGGUUGAGAUCAUGGAGAUGAUCUCCAAGUCAGAGUACACUGAGGAGCGCCGCUUCAGCGCUUUCGGCCCGGAGAGGACCGACACUUAUGCCAGAUGGUUUGUGGACGGGUCCAAGUACUUUGAUGCCCUGGCUGAUGCCAUGGAAGGGGCCGAGCAAGAAAUCUUCAUCACGGACUGGUGGCUCAAUGCCGAGAUCUACCUGAAGAGGCCAGCUGUGGAGGGGCCUCACUGGAGGCUGGACAACAUCCUGCGCAGGAAAGCUGCAUCCGGAGUCAAGAUUUUCAUCUUGCUGUACAAGGAAGUGGACGUUGCCCUAGACCUUGGCAGCAAACACACAAAGCAUGUACUAAUGGACUUGCAUCCCAACAUCAAGGUGAUGAGGCAUCCAGACCACAACCCUGGCCAGGUCAUCCUAUGGGCCCACCACGAGAAGCUGGUGGUGGUGGACCAGAAGGUGGCCUUCGUGGGUGGCUUGGACAUCUGCUACGGCCGCUGGGACGACUUCAAGCACCGGCUGGCUGACACAGGCUCGGCGCUGGUUGCCAAUAAAAAUGCAUCGCUGCCAAGGCAGCAGAUGGACUUGUUUAUGAAACCGCCAAACAUAGAUCCAGACCCCACCCCUGGGCCUAAGGUUCAUAUCAAAAGUAAUGAAGUGGAUUACGUUGGUGAUGACUCCGAUGAUGACAUUGAUGGACGGCCCCCUCCCUCCCCCCGCACUCCAACCAGCCCUGAGCCGGAGGACGAGGGGGGCUACUUCCGGAGGCCCCGGCUGAAGAGCGCCACGGCCUACCUCAUGAACCCCAUCCGCCGGCUGCGUCAGGAGGAGACGCAAACCAGCGUGGACGAGAAUCUGGACAAGCUGGGCCUGUCGGGCACGCCCAAGCUGUGGAUUGGCAAGGACUACUGCAACUUCAUUGCCAAGGAUGUACUGGCACCCGAGGAGUCCCUACAAGAUUCCGUUGACCGAAUGAAAACCCCCCGCAUGCCAUGGCAUGACAUAGGCACCUGCUUGUACGGCAGAGUAGCUGCCGAUGUGGCCAGGCACUUCAUCCAGCGCUGGAACUUCACUAAGAAAGAGAAAGCUGAGAGACUGAACCACUAUCCACUGUUGCUUCCUAAGUCCACAUCUUCCAUCGAGGUGAAGGAGGAACACAAGACCAACUCGGUACCCUGCAAUUGCCAGUUGCUGCGUUCUGCCAGUAAGUGGUCCGUGGGUGUGAAGCACACUGAGGACUCGAUACAGAAGGCGUACAUCAAGCUGAUUGGGGAAGCCAAGCAUUACAUCUACAUUGAGAACCAAUUCUUUAUCACCCUUCCUGAUAGUGAGGUGACUAAUGGCAUUGCUCAAGCUCUCUACCAGCGGAUUCUCCGGGCUUACGAGGAGCGCGAGACAUUCCGCGUGUACGUGUUUCUGCCCCUCCUGCCCGCGUUUCAAGGUGACGUCGGGGAGGCAGGUGGAGGUGCCAUUCACGCCAUCCUGCAUUGGGAGUACCAGUCCAUCUGCCGAGGGAGCAAGUCACUGAUUGGACGGUUGAUGAAAGCUGGAGUCAGCGAUGUGCGGGAGUACAUCACCUUCUAUGGCCUGCGUACCCACGACACGCUCAAUGGCGAGCUGGUGACGGAGCUGGUCUACAUCCACUCCAAGCUGAUGAUCGUGGAUGACAGGGCCUUCAUCUGUGGCUCGGCCAACAUCAACGACCGCAGCCUUCUGGGCAAGCGUGACAGCGAGCUGGCUGUGCUGGUGGAGGACACAGAGAUGAUCCCCAGCCGGAUGAAUGGGGAGGAGUACAUGGCCGGCAAACUGGCCUUUGGUUUGCGGGAGUGGCUGUUCAAAGAGCAUCUGGGGGUUUUGCAAGGACAUGGAGAAAUAGAUAUGACUGACCCCGUGUCGGAUUCCUUCUACAAGGGCGUGGUCAUGAAACUGGCCAGUGAUAACACAGUCAUCUUUGAGCUGGUAUUCCGGUGUUUGCCUUCCAAUUCGGUGACGUCCAGUGCCGUCCUCCAGGAGUUCAAGAAGGUCACCCCACUCUGCAAGACAGACCCCAAGGCUGCAUUAAGGCUGCUGAAGGACAUCCACGGCUACAUCACCUGGAUUCCACUGGACUUUCUGAAGGAUGAGAACCUGCAGCCCAAGCUGACCUCCCAGGAGGGGAUAGCCCCUACCAAACUCUGGACGUAAGUCAUGGCGUAUCCAGCAUGGGACGGAAAGUUGUACCUUCCCUCCCCCCUUUUUUAACUAACCGAAAGUGGCAGAACUUUAGAAAUGGUACCGCAGUCUUCCUUUGGAAGGAUUACAGACUUUUUUUAACGGUUAAAAACAUUUAAUCAUUUCAGGAAAUUGUCCCCAUUUUACCUGGAUACACCAUUCUGCACAAGUCUGUUUCAUCAGCCUAUUUCUCACUGAUGUUUUACUUUAUGCGGGGAUAUAACCCCCCCCACUAAUUCGUGACUGGUACUAGCACCAUAAUUUAUCAAAUACAGAGUCAUCUCUUGUUGAUCAAUGACUAGAAUACUCUCAAACGGUCAAUUUUGCUAGCAUUUUAUGCAGUUGCACCAUUUGUUAUAUCUUUCUGCAUGUGCUCAAAGUAAUGUACGAAGCAUGAUACACCUAUUAACUUCAAGUGUACUUACAGUUGGCAAGUGAACAUGUCAAGGACCUUCCUGUGGUGCUGUUACGCUUAACCUAAGUUUGUGUGAAAAUCUGAACAGUGGAAGUUCCACUAUUUUAGGGUUAUGAAGUUACCUUCUUCAGCCUGGUUUUGGGAUGUCACAAUUAGAAGUCAGUAAGUCAAAUUAUGAUGUGCCAAGAUUCUGUUGCUGCAUACAUUGACAAAGAACACAAGGAAAAUUGUCCAUGAGGAAGUAAUACUACGUGAGAUCGUGUUAAAAAUCUUCACAUUGAAAAAGGUUGAAAUUUCAAGACAAUUUUCAGUGUUAUUAGCAUGUAAUUGCUGCUGUUCAGAACAUUGCAUUGACAUUUCAAAUUUUUUCUUGGUAGUUUAGCUGUUCAAAAGAUCUGCAUGGGGUGUUGUACAUAUACUUGAAAAUGCCUAAUUGUUGCAUUAUUAAGUUUAUUGGUUUGAAUUUUGCAACAAAAUUUUGUAUCAUUCAGUGCCUUAAACGUUUGGCUUUCAAAAAGCAAACUUUGUGUAAAAUUGUGGAGUUGAAAAGUAAGAAUGGAAGAUGUUUCACAUAAUUCAGACAUUUUAAUGUUGUUUGGCAGGGCAGCUCACUUCAAUUUGGGACAGGUUAUCAAAAUGUUUGAACAACUCGGUCAGAUUUUGCAUUGAACAAAUAAUCACCUGUGACCAAAAGUGAAUGUAUUUAAAAGUUCUGCAUGUUUCAACACCCUACCAUUUCUAGAUGUUGGGUUUAUGAAGAUCGCCUUGUGCUGGGUAGAAGGGCAUUUGUUACAACUCAAUGCAACAGAUGAAAUGUUCUUCACAGAUGGACGUUACAGUACUUUUUUUCCCCUGGAAUUUACUAUUUGCACAAUAACAGGAACUUCCAGUAGAAGAUACCGUAAACGCAUUGUACAUUUUACUUUUGAAAAUGCAUGCUACAUGGUAUAUUUUUUAUUGUAAUGCAAUCACAAAUUUGUAUGAUAAUGUUUUGACUUCAAUGCAGAAACUGUAUAUUGGAUCAAUUAGCUUGUUUAAAUUUCGAUUGAAUUGUUGAUAUGUAUGUACUGUAGGAUGUUUGGUUGCUUGGAACAAUUCUCAAGGUGCUGUCAAUCUAAUUUUGGCAUUGGCCCAAUUGUACGAGACAAUGUCAGCCAGCAAUACUCAGUUGAAAUUACUUCUGAAAGUUGACAGGUAAGCAAAGUACAUGUACAUACAUGAAGCUUCUUACAAAACACUUCUAUACCUGGUGAAGAGGCCAUUAUUGCAUUGAAUACCACUCUGACCGAACAGGGUGUCAAAAUGCACCAUGCACUUUGAGGUUGAAGCAAGUGUAGGGUCACCGCAAUAAUGGCAUGAUGAUGCUGCAAUUCCAUAUGAAAACACCACCAACUCAACCCACCAUGUAACGGUACUACCGCUUAACUCAAGUUCGUCAGGUCUUUUUUACCUCAACAGGGUUACAUUGACGUUUAUACCAGUAACCUUUUAACAGUUUUAGUGAAGAUUUCUCGCUGAUGCAUUUGUCUGCUAACAAAAUUGAAAAAAUGUCUAAUUUUUAGCAAAUAAUGUUAAGAAGUACUUCCUUGUUUCACAGCAUGUGCACGUUAUGUAUACUUUUACAGUUUUAUCAUUUUUUGGACCAAAUUUCUCCAGAAAACUUGGCAAGGUUGCCACUGUAACUUCACAUUUUACAUUUUAUUAUUUGAAUGGAUCUUAAAGCAAUUAUAAAAGAUUUUCUACUGAGACAGAA